UUAGACGCACAAGUCAAUCGACCGGUGCAUCGACAGCGUCCCAAUGUACUUUGCCCCUCACGCAAGUGAGGCGGUGUCCUUUGACAUCCUGGACAUCAAAUUCGACAUGAUCUUGGGCAUGUCAUGGUUGCGAAGCAAGGAUCACCCGGUGAACUUCUCCAACUGCACCAUUCACGUUCGUGAUCGGAACGGAGUAUUAGUUCCAUGCACGUUGACUCUUCCUCAUCCGUCGAUCAGCUGCCACGUGGUAUCCGCCGCAAGCAGUCGAGCUUCCAUCAUCAGAGACGACAUCGAGGAGAUGGGGGUGUGUUUUCUCCACGCCCUCCCGCCCCGAGACGCUUCAUCGAUGGACUCAUCUUCGGAUCCACGCAUCACCGAGCUUCUCGACGCCUACAGCGACGUGUUCGAAGGCCCGCACGGAGUAGUACCGGAUCGGCCCAUCCGCCACGAGAUCAUCCUCGAGGACGGGGCCGUACCUCCGCGCGGUUGCAUCUACCGAAUGAGCGAGGAAGAGUUAAGUGUGCUCCGCGCACAACUCGACGACCUUCUAGAGAAAGGCUGGAUUCGGCCUAGCUCAUCGCCAUACGGUGCCCCUGUUCUCUUCCUCCGGAAGAAGAACAAGGAUCUGCGGUUGUGCAUCGAUUAUCGCAAGCUCAACGCGCAGACAAUUAGGAACGUCGGCCCACUCCCACGCAUCGACGACCUUCUUGAGCGAUUGGGCGGCGCCAAGUUUUUCUCCAAGCUGGACCUCAAGUCGGGAUAUCACCAACUCGAGAUUCGCAAGGAGGACCGUUACAAGAGCGCGUUUAAGACGCGAUAUGGGCAUUUCGAAUGGCUGGUUAUGCCAUUUGGCCUUACGAAUACCCUGGCCACUUUCCAAGCGGCUAUGACAACGGAGUUCCGACACAUGCUGGAUCGAUACGUACUUAUCUACCUCGACGACAUCCUGGUGUACAGCCGGAGUUUGGACGAGCAUGUGGAACACCUCCGCACCAUUUUGGAGCGGAUACGACAAGCCAAGUACAAAGCCAACCACGACAAGUGCGAAUUCGCGCGGCAGGAGCUGGAGUAUUUGGGACACUAUGUGACGCUGCAAGGCAUCCGUCCGCUUGCGGACAAGAUCGAGGCCCUACGAGUAUGGCCCGAGCCCACCAACACCACGGACGUUCAUUCAUUCAUGGGAUUGGCGGGCUACUAUUAGCGAUUCAUCACUGGAUACUCCAGGAUUGUUGCACCUAUGACGAG